GUGUUAGUUUGUGUGUGUGUGUGUGUGUGUGUGUGUGUGUUGUCGGCUUCCUGCUCGGUGUCCGCACACCGUCCGUGUCACCAGUGUUGAUCAGCUCGCCAUGGCGGAAGGACGCAGAGAACAGCCCCAUCCGCUUCUCUCCUUACCUCCGGCCAGCAAGCGACCCUGCCUGCGCCCUGCUCCCCGAGGUCCCGGCCCGGGGCCCGGCCAUGGCAGCGGGUUGCCCAGCUCCCGGUGUCGUUCUCCGGAGUCUCUUCUGGACUGCGCCGCGAAGGCAGUAGCGGAAAAGUGGGCCUUCGAGAGAGUCGAGGAGCGCUUCGAGCGGAUUCCGGAGCCCGUCCAGCGCCGCAUCGUCUACUGGUCUUUUCCCCGUAACGAAAAGGAGAUAUGCAUGUACUCUUCGUUUCAGUGCCGAGUCGCCGGCGAGGAGGGUCCGUCGGCGACUACCGGCGGAGCUGGAGGUGCGGGGUCCGGAGCUACCACCGCCGGUGGUGGCGGAGGAUCUACCGCCGGUACGACUGCUGCCGUGGGGGCAGCCGGAGCAGUGGGGACGGGAGACGGACUGCCUUUCCGCCGGGGUAUCAGGCUGCUUGAGACCGGCUGUGUGGAAAAUGUUUUACAAGUCGGGUUUCACCUCAGCGGCACAGUAACUGAACCCGCCUCAUCGUCAGAGCCAGAGGUCACCCACAAGGUGGCCAUCAGCUUCGACAGAUGCAAGAUCACCUCUGUCACCUGUGGUUGUGGGAACAGGGACAUUUUCUAUUGCGCCCAUGUGGUGGCGCUCUCUCUUUACCGGAUUCGCAAGCCAGAACAGGUGAAGCUGCGGUUGCCGAUCUCAGAGACGUUGUUCCAGAUGAACAGAGAUCAGCUGCAGAAGCUGGUCCAGUAUCUGAUCACAGCCCACCACACUGAGGUGCUGCCCACCGCUCAGAAGCUGGCCGAUGAGAUCCUUUCCUCCAACUCUGAGAUCAACCAGGUCCACGGUGCUCCGGACCCGACAGCAGGCGCCAGCAUUGACGAUGAUAACUGCUGGCAUCUGGACGAGGACCAGGUCAGAGAGCAGGUCAAACAGUUUCUGUCACAGGGAGGAUACUACGGCUCGGGGAAGCAGCUCAACUCCAUGUUCGCUAAGGUGAGGGAGAUGCUGCGAAUGCGAGACUCCAACGGGGCCCGAAUGCUGACGCUCAUAACGGAACAGUUUAUGGCAGACCCCCGGCUGUCGCUAUGGAGACAACAGGGCACGGGCAUGACGGACAAGUGCCGGCAGCUCUGGGAUGAGCUUGGUGCAUUGUGGGUGUGCGUGGUGUUGAACCCUCACUGUAAGAGCGAGGAGAAGAGCAGCUGGCUGAAGCAGCUGAAGAAAUGGGGGGAAAUGGACGUCUGCCCACUGGAGGACGGCAACUACGGCAGCGAGCUUCCAAACAUCACCAACGCUCUGCCGCAGAGCAACCUGGCACAGGACUCUCUGUCCAGGCCGAGGAGGACGGUGUUCAGCCGGGCGGUCGAGGCCUGCGACCUGCACUGGCAGGACAGCCACCUGCAGAGGAUCAUCAGCAGCGACCACUACAUGUCUCCAUCCUACCAGAGAGAGGGGGAGAGUCUGCUGUUCAACCCGCAGGGCCUGCCGCUGUGGCUAGACCACGUCCCGACAGCCUGUGCUCGUGUGGACGCCCUACGUUCCCAUGGCUACUCCAGGGAAGCCCUGCGAUUGGCCGUGGCCAUCAUUAACACGCUCCGCCUCCAGCAGCAGAGACAGAUGGACAUCUACAAACACCAAAAGAAAGAGCUUCUCCAGAGAGGCGUGACCUCCACCACCAACCUGGAGGGCUGGGUGGGUCAUCCCUUAGACCCAAUUGGCUGUCUCUUCACCACGCUCACCGAAACCUGCCGCGUGGACGAUGACAACAGCAUGGACACUGGAGACGGUGACCCCAGGCCUCCGGUCUACCACCACGUCCCUGUGUGGGGCAGCCCUGAUGGGGGCGAGUCGUACCUGACGUUGGCCUUGGAGGUGACUCUGAUGGGAAUGGGCCAGCAGAGGAUCAUGCCUGAGGGUCUCUACGCUCAGGAUAAGGUUUGUCGUAACGAGGAGCAGAUCGUCGCAAAGCUUCAAGAGCUGGAGCUGGAUGACCUCCUUGUUCAGACUCUUCGUAAACAGGCCAUACAGCUGCUAGAAGCUGGUCCAUUCAGCGGUCUGGGUGAGGUCAUCCACAGGGAGAGCGUUCCCAUGCACACCUUUGCCAAAUACCUCUUCUCUGCCCUGCUGCCCCAUGACGCAGACCUGGCAUACAAGGGGGCUCUCCGCGCCAUGAGACUGCCGGUGUUGGAGUCGUCGGCGGGCUCCGGGGACGUGGGUCACCCUCACCAUGGCAUCUCCAUAGUUCCCAGCAGAUACCCGCGCUGGUUCACGCUGGGACACCUGGAGUCCCAGCAGUGUGAGCUGGCCUCCACCAUGCUCACUGCUGCUAAAGGUGACAUGUUGAGGUUACGGACUGUCCUGGAGGCAAUCCAGAAAAACAUUCAUUCCUCCUCUUUAAUCUUCAAACUCGCCCAGGACGCCUUUAAGAUCGCCACACCGGCAGACAGCCCACCGGAUAUCACUCUGCUAAAUGUGUCUCUGGAGCUCGGCCUGCAGGUGAUGAGGAUGACUCUGUCCACACUGAACUGGAGGAGGAGGGAGAUGGUUCGCUGGCUGGUAACCUGCGCCACAGAAGUCGGUCUGCGGGCGUUGGUGAGCAUCUUGCAGAGCUGGUACACUCUCUUCACGCCGACCGAGGCCACCAGCAUCGUUGCUGCCACCGUCAUGUCCCACAACACCAUCCUGCGCCUCAGCCUCGACUACCCGCAGAGGGAGGAGCUGGCCAGCUGUGCCCGCACGCUGGCCCUGCAGUGCGCCAUGAAGGACCCCCAGAACUGCGCCCUUUCCGCGCUGACGCUCUGCGAGAAGGACCACAUCGCCUUCGAGACGGCGUACCAGAUCGUGAUCGACGCGGCGUCCACGGGUAUGACCUACUCGCAGCUGUUCACCAUCGCAAGGUACAUGGAGCAUCGGGGAUACCCGCUGCGCUCCUUCAAGCUGGCCUCACUCGCCAUGACACACCUUAACCUGGCUUACAACCAGGACACACACCCGGCUAUUAAUGACGUGCUCUGGGCGUGCGCGCUCAGCCACUCUCUGGGGAAAAAUGAGCUCGCAGCCAUCAUCCCCCUGGUGGUGAAGAGCGUGCACUGCGCUACGGUGCUGUCCGACAUCCUGCGGCGGUGUACCAUGACGGCGCCGGGGCUCGCAGGAAUUCCCGGGAGAAGGAACUCUGGGAAGUUGAUGUCAACGGACAAGGCGCCGCUGAGGCAGCUCCUUGACGCCACGAUCUCGGCGUACAUCAACACCACGCACUCUCGACUGACGCACAUCAGUCCGCGGCACUACGGGGAGUUUAUAGAGUUCCUGAGCAAAGCGCGGGAGACUUUCCUGCUCGCACAGGACGGACACAUUCAGUUCGCCCAGUUCAUAGACAACCUGAAACAGAUCUACAAGGGCAAAAAGAAACUGAUGAUGUUGGUCAGGGAACGCUUCGGCUGACAUCGCCUCGCCCUCACAGGGACCCUCUCCUUGGGAAGUAGUUAAACGUAUUUGUUUCUAUUUAAGGUUUUUUUUUGGAUUCUUUGUAUUUUUACUUCUUUUGUUGAGCCAUUUGUUGACUAAGUCUUAAUUAUUUUUGUCCUGUUUUGCUGUUUUGUUUCCUGAAUGUGAACCAGGGAGUGUUCGCAGUGCAUUGCUCUACUUCAUUUUAGACUGCAAACGAGGAAAAACGGCUUGAAAUUUCAAAGAGGAAACAAGAACAAAGCCUUUUUUUUUUUCGCUUUCCGAGUAAAGUUAAGUCUUGUAUGACGAAGUGAAAAGACUUUUGUUUUGCGGUGGCACAUGACGAUUUAAAAACCAAAAGCUUUUGAUGGAUGGGGUAAUUACUUUGAGCCAGAAGACACUUUCAGCUGGUGUUAAGAGGAAGAAGAAGAGGGCUUUGAAAAGUGGAAGGAACAUGUCAUUCCAAAAAAAAAAAAAUCAUGGAGGUCGAAAAACACAUGUAGUGUUACUGUCAUACCUCGUCUGUAUUAUUUGUCAGCUUUAACUUCUCUAUCAGGGCAUCUUAGAGUAGAGACGGUGGAUACAGAAUUGUGUGGUUCCUCUGCACCAACAGGUUCAUAAACUUGACUCAAGCCACUGUAGACUUAGCUCCACCCCUCUACACCUGCUGGUCAGAGCUUUUCCUCCAUGCUGCUUCACCAAGGGCACGGCGGUCUGCAGUGACAUUAUCCAGGCUGCUUUAGCUGAGGUAGAGUAGUAACGGCUCCACGUGCACAUAUAUUUACACAGUAUAUCUCUCAUGUCCUCCUAUAAGCUUAUUAACAGUAACAAUGAUGAACGCUGGGGGUCACAAGAUUCUCAUCUCCAGACACAUCACUGCACUGCUCCACCGCUUGUUUGUGGCCAAAACCUUUGAAAUCUCUGCUCCUCUUUCCCCUCGCUAGAUCAGGAUUCAGUCAAAAGCAAUACAAGUCAAGUCUGCGCUUCACUUUUAAUCACCCAGACGCAUUCAUUACACCGUCCUGCGGUUUGUUAGGAAGCUUUGGAUCAUUGCCUGUAGCUAAACUCCCUUUUCCAUCUCAAGAACGUCUGCAAGGAACUUUUUUAUGAGCUCACAGAACAUUACAUCAAAAAUAUCUGGGUCCAAAUGUUUACCAGGAGAGCCCUGAUGGUAUGUUUUGCCCCUUCUAAUUCUUCUAAUGGGGUGAAUUAUCUCUUUGUCAAAAAAGCUUGAUAACAAAAACUGCCAGAAUUAUUAUAAUCAACAUUAGCAGCAAGAUAAAUAUGGAAAAACAACUCAAUAUUGUUUAAAGUUAGGACCCCUUACUUGUGUUUUAUAGAUUGAAAAGCCAAACUAAUAUUUUGGUAUAGAAAAUAGUUUUAGGCUUCCACUGAUAAUACAUCUGAACUGUUUAAUACAUAAAUGUAAACAGGAGAUCAACUUGAAUGUAUAAAAUGUAAAAAAGCCCCUCUUCAAUUUAACUACAAAACAUUUUAAGCUUCAUUUAGUUAAUUGAUUUGAUUUUUCCAGCAGGAAAGUCUUUGGUUUUGUUUGCACCUGCAGCAAAUCUCCGUCAUUAGAUUUGGUUAUUCACUGUUCACUGGCUACAUAGCACUUAAAAGACAAACACAGUUAGCAGCUAGCUGAUUGAUAUAGCUGAUCUUUAAGCUACAGGAAAGUCAUUCAAAACAAUGGAAGGGAAUGGCUUCACAUUUUUAAGGUGGCUAAAAUUGACUCCACAUUAGUACUAAUGUGCUGCUGCUGAGUGUCUGCUAACAGGCUAGCCAUAGCAACAUGCUGUUCCCCUUUGAAUGAACCGUUAGGUCGUUGUUUUGACUUUAUCUGGUCUAAAAAAUAAACUGUUGAGAUUAGUCUAACUUUGCACCUCCUUUUAGUUUUAAACAAAAACAAUAAAAUGUGGCUGGCUAGCACCAAACGAAAGACAAGCAAAGUUAGCAGCUAGCUACUAAACCUAGCAUGGCAUUAAGACGUUAGAGAGUCUGCGGUUAACGGACUGAAGUAAAUACGAACUUAGAUCUGAAAGGCAGUAAAAACAAAGUGACUUUCAAAGAAAUGCUCAUGUUUCUAAUCAACUAGGAACUCUGUGCUAGCAUUUUAAGCGAUUAUAUGUGAGUCCUGUGUUGUUGUUUAACCGCCCCCAAGAGACAAAACAAAGCUAUUCAUGAUCAUGUCAUAAGAAUAAUUAAAGUAAAAAAAGGCUCAUUAGUAAACCUUUGAAAACCACAGUUAUUCCAGAGGUUACAGAAGUCGCCAUGACAGGAAAAAAAUGUGUGUGUAUCUUGAAUAAAAUUCCUCCAGAUCGUUGUUCUUGUGAUGGAAAAGGGCUGAUAGCUACUAAAACGAAUACUUCUGCUAGUGAUCGACCUGUGUGGAUGUCGUCGGCCUCGUCUUUGCCGACACACAGGGCAAACACAGACAGCCCACUGUUCUGUUUUAAGACUUAAUCAUACGUAUUUGAGACCACAGGCCUUGGCACAGGAGGGGUGUUAGCACUCUCUUUUCUUACCCAGUGGUUCAGAACAGCAAGAGCUUGAAUCUUGACUGGUCGGACUUAAAGGUCGUCGUACAAGCACUUCACACAAAUACCUCUUCAGUACGUUCCUGCCUGCUUCAGCAUUUAUUUAUUGAUUGUUUGGUAACGUUGUAUGACUGAGUAGGAAUCGCAGACACACAAACUCCACGCAGAGGAUGACUGUGCUCGUCUAUGGCAGGUCAAUAAAGGACAAAAAGGUUUCUUUUCUCUUUUUUUUAAGUUGAAUGGAGGAACAUUUUCGUGUCUGCUUUUACAUUCCAUGUGAGAGAUACCUUCACCCACUACCCGGGUAGUCAGUCACAACUCUGGGCCUUUUUUCUUUCUUUUUCUUUUGGAUCUGAAGAAACGCAGAAAGAAGAAUGAAAAAAGAAAACGGAAAACUGAGCAAAAGAGAGAAAAGAGAGGCGAAACUCAGUUCUCAGGGACAUCACUUAUAGAAACAAAACAAAAAGUAGUAGCAUUAAGCAUUUAAGAUAUUGUAAAUAUGAAAGUGUCAAUUCAGAAAAUUGUAAAGUUAUAAUUAUUUAUGAUAAGUAUGUUAUGUGUUCUCUUUUGUUUUAAUGUUCUUUUGGCGGGGGCGUACUUGAACUGUUAAGAACGGGGAAUUGAACAGCGUUUUUUGUAAGACUUCAAGGCAUUUCUCAGGUGCUCCUGUGUACAUUUCUUUCCGUUUGUUUUUGCUAUAAUAACUAUUUUAUAUUUCUUUUUUUUAUAUAUAUAUUUUGAUUUGCAAAGAAAAAAAAAAUCUGUGUUCCAAAAGGAAGCAUGUCGUUCGGAGGAAAGGAGAAUAAAGAAGGCAUUCAUUUGUUAACAGAUUCACUAAACCUGACUAUGCAGAACCACUUGGAUGGUCUUGUCACCUUUUAAAGAUCCCCCCCCCAAAAGAAAAAAAAAACUUUGGGAAAAAGAAACCGAGUGGACUGAACCAUUAUGAAAGAGUGGGAGAGGGGAAGUGACGAGACCCAGCAUGUUUGUAUUUGGACGCUGCGUGGUCGCCAGCUGGACGCUUUGGAGGAGAAAAAUUGAAAAUGUUGGGAAAUGCCUUUGUGACCGAUCAAUGUACAAAGUUUAUAUUUUGCUUUACCUGGUUGUUGUUUUUUUUAUUAUUUAAUCAGGACUCAAGCCUUUAGUGUCUUCUCAGAGGUGUCGAGUGGCGGCGCCGCAGUGAGACAGAACAACACACACGUCAAGUCAGAAACGACGACUUUGCGAACAAAAGACAAAAAAAGACGGCCUGUGGAUGAACUCGUGUUUUUCUUAUUGCUUUUCCCCUUUGGCCUACAAAGAUGGCCAACUUCACUCCCUCUGUCUCAUUAUGGUAGAUUCUUUUUCCUAGCUUUAGUUGUUCACCUUCCUCCCUCUCAUGCAGGAAGGGUUUCUGUUUGAAGCAAUGCACCAACGUGUCAGUGGGUAGCGCUCCUCUGUUGUCCGCUCUCUAAACACUCGAGACAUCUUUCCACCACAGCAGCCUUGCAUCAACGUUUGACACAAAAAAACCCUCUUGGAUUUUCUUCUUUUGUUGCUGCAAAAUGAGGAUAAAAAGGCUGAGUUCGUUGGUUGCUACUACGUUAUAAUGAUGAGGCUGUUUUCCUGGUUCAUACACGACAGAGGGACACCAUUUAACCACUUGUUUAACUUGAAAGCUGCCUUUUACGUGAUGCAUUCACUGACAGCAUUACAACAAAGAAGUCCCCUUCUUACCCAAUCACUGUUUUUCAGUCUGUGUUCACUGUAUCAGCCACUUCAUGAGGUUUUCUUCUUUCUCCCUUCCUGUUCUUAUUUUCGUAGGAGAGUAUUUUUGCUGGUAGAGCUCUAGUUCACCGACUGUUUCCCAGUUUUGUUUUGUUUUUGGAUUCUCUCUGGCGUAAGGGAACUUUGAAAGUGUUUGUUGCCUCUUUGUGCUACUGAUUAUGAAAAGGUAUUUCCAGUAUUUGUUGCCACAGAAGUAUAAUAGCUGAUCAUCAACACUUUUUUUUUUGUUUGUUUUUUAUUUGUAAUUUUUUUGUGCAACUUCUUGAGCUACUGUCUAUAAAGCAAGAAUUUAUUACUAUUUAUGUAACGCUACUACCAUUUUAUAUUGAUUUGUGUUGGAAUCUCAGUGCUUUUCUAUGAAUAAAGUGUGAAACACGA